AUGCGGAAUAAUCUAGUUAAGCCGGAGGGUCCGGGUUCGCACCUGCCAGUGGGGUCGACCGCCGCCUCCGUGAGCCUCACUCCGCUAGUACUAAGUCGUGUCUGGUUCCACUGUUACUGUUACGCUCGCACGAACAUCUGCUGCGACGCGAAGCUCGACCACUAUGCAGUCACAAGACUAAGGCUGCGAUAUAUUGCGGCAAUGGAGCCGCAACGUCCUGGCUGUGCCCUUAAACUGCGGAAGAAUCGGGCUGGCUGUGCGUACGCGUUGUGUGUGCGUGCGUGGCGCGUGGUGCGGGCGCGGCGGCGUGCGGGCGCGGCGCGGGCGGCGGCGCGCGGCCGGCCAAUGGGCGCGCCGCCCGCGUGCGCCCGCCGCCGCGCGCCGCUGGCUCCCCAAACGCCGCUCUCGCCCCCGAACUGCGCCACUUUUGUGCACGUU